CUCACACGUGACCGUGUCGGCGCGAGUAUCGUUGUCAGCGUGUACGCGGUGUAUCGUGUCGCUCGUAUAUCGUCUGCCGUUAGCAACUUCGACCAUGGCGGCCUGCCUCAGAUUUACCCGGAGGGUCUGGAAAUCUUUCGUCGAGAACAAAGGGCACGACCAACAUUGUUUUCCGAACCUCAAGAUUCUCGAUGCAAAACCUGGUUUCCUGCAAGCGUCACUCAAGAUCGAGCCGUAUAACCUGAACAGAGUCGGAACCGUCCACGGCGGCCUCAUCCUGUCUCUCACGGACACAAUGGGGUCCCUUGCUGUAGCGACCAAGGGACAGUUCCUCACAGGGGUGUCCGUCGACAUCGGAACGUCGUUCGUAAAGCCGGGCGGUCGUGUAGGCGAUGAAAUGCGAAUGAGUGCAGUCGUAGUUGGCAUAGGGAAGUCCCUCGCGUACACUCGUGUCGAGUUCUUCAACGCUGCCGGGCAGCUGGCAGCUUACGGCCACCAUACCAAGUACGUCGGCAAGUCCGCCGGACACGAGAACGACGUUAAAUUCUCGGAGGAUGGCGAGACCGUGCUCGAAGGGAAGGACCUGGACGUAGACUAACGGACAUGCACAUGCUUGCCAUGGCCCACCGCUCCUGCGCACGCCAGAGGCAAUCUCUGCGCAAUACAUGCCUAUCUCGCGCGAAGAGCACCUAUACGCUUCAAAUCCUCGGUGGAUCCACGACAUGCCGCGCGAGAAACACUAUGACUCGGCUCUUGCCGUGGUAAAGAUGCUGGUCUGCGCCCUUCCUGUGCUUCUCCGGAGCCGCAUGGCAGAAAUGCACUAGAACGAGGCUAAAACUGUACGGGGUGGAGUGCUGGUGCUGCUUCUGCUUCUGGCGGGAUCUUGGGCGGGAUUGACAGUCAGUGCAAGCGCACGCCACGUUGUGCGGCCACAACCGUGACGAUUGGCGUUCCUGUGGCUGGUCCCGUACAUGCUUCUUGCAUCCGCUGCUCAGGCACAAGCAAUGAGCGGCACCGGUCUUCGGACGGAUUCUUCCCGUCGCGGAAACACAGGCGCACUGUACUCUUCUGAGAAGCC